AUGGCAGCGGAAGUGGGGAGAGAAAUAAAUCAAGUUCAGUACAACGAAACCUUAGCUUGCGUUAUUAUGUCGAACAAGAUUUGUGGUAGAGUGUAUCCAAGCGACUUAUUCAACAUGACGUUGGAUGAUUGGUUACGUGCAGGCAUCAGAGAGGACCAAAUGUGUAAAGAGGCCUUUCUGGGUGAAUUUCUCGUUCCUAUGCAUGCAAGCACUCUGAAAGGGUACUGCUCAAGAGUGUUUGUCAACAACACAGAAGCGUGUUUGAAAACUUUCCAUGAUAAGUUUAUGGCUAACAGAUCGGACACCACUCUUUGCGAGGAACAUGCUGAAGCAAAAAGGUGUUGGAUGGAAGCCAUUAUGUCCGACUGCAAAUUUCCUCCUGAUAUCUUUGAGGUGAUAAAAUUUGAUUUGGUGGACUACAAUCCUUUCUGCGCUAACAAUCGGGAUCCUGGGGCGACCGGAAAUGAUGAGUGCCAUGGCGUGAGGGAUAUAUAUAUAAAGGACGACGUCAGUGCAGCCGUUGGUAUAAAGAUUAAUACAUCGCUGGCUCUGCUUCUUCCUCUUGUAUCAUUUUUGUCCGUACUUUAGGUUUAAAAAAAUCAAAGAAACACUUUUGGGUGAUCUCCAGAUUUUUAUGAAUAUCUUGUCUUGCAUCUAGGUUUACCCACAACUCUCAUCCGUGGCCUUGAUACCGUGAUCCAGAGGCGUAAAAUCUGUG